CGCAGCCGCAUUCCCCCCGCAGCGUUCCCGGUGUCCGCAGCCAUGGAUGCGCUGCACGAGGCCGGGAUCCGCUUUGCGGCGCUGCUGCAGGCGGGGCCGUCGUGGCUGGAGCGGGUCCUGGUCCCGCUGAGCUCCAUGGCCGACCCCAAGCACCUCUUCACCGUCUGCUUCCCGCUCUGCUACUCCCUGGAGCCAGCCGUGGGGACGGCGGUGCUGUGGGGCGCGCUGCUGGCCGAGUGGCUCAACGUGGUGCUCAAGUGGCUCCUCUUCGGCGAGCGGCCCUUCUGGUGGCUCCAUGAGUCGGGAAUGGCGGCGCGGGAGCUGCUGGCGCUGCGGCAGUUCCCGGUGUCCUGCGAGACCGGACCCGGGAGCCCCUCGGGGCACUGCAUGGUCCCGGCGGCAGCGCUGUGGCCGCUCGUGGCCGCGCUGCGCGCCCGCUGCGGGAGCCCCGUGCUGAGGAUCCUGCCCUGCGCUGCCUACGUCCUGCUGCUGGCGGCCGUGGGGCUCUCGAGGGUCUUCGUCCUGGCCCACUUCCCCCAUCAGGUGGUGACCGGCACCGUGGCAGGGGUGGUGCUGGGCUGGGGGCUGCAGGGCCGCACCCCGGGGUCCCCCCGCGCCUUUGCCUUCGCCGCACUGCUCCUGCCACUCAGCGCCCUCAUCCUGCGCUGGGUCCUGAGCGCUGCCGGCUUCGACAUCGACUGGUCCCUGCUCCUCGCCACCCGUUGGUGCUCCAGCCCCGCCUGGCUCCGCCCGGACUCGCGGCCGCUGGCCUCGCUGUGGCGGGACGCGGGCUCCGCGCUGGGGCUGGCGCUGGCGGCCGCGGCUCCCGCUCCGCGCCUGGGCCCGUGGCCGCGCUUGGCCGGGGCCGGGGCCGCGGUGGCCGCGCUCCAGGGGCUGCAGCGGCUGCGGGAGCCGCGGGACCCCGCGCUCUGCUCCGGGAGCUGCGCGCUCCGCGCCGCCGCGGGGCCCUGGCUCGUGGGCUCGGCGCUGCCGCGGCUCCUCGCGGGGCUCAGCCGCGCCCCACACCGCGAGUAG